UUUAAAGGCUAAUCAAGAAUCGAUGCACUAGGCUUUAGGCUGAUUAGUUUGAGAUCAAAACGUUGUUACAUCUUUAGAUAGAUGUAUCUGAGGAAAAUAAUCUUCUGAUCAUUCAAAGUAAUUCUAUGUGAUUCACAUAGAUGCAACAAAUAGCUAUAAGGCAGUCCAAUCGUUUUACUUCUAAGUCACAACUAGUUUGGAUAUUUAUCAUCCUUCAUCUUUGAAAAAGUGAAUGAUUUGAAAAGAAGCCUUUUCAUCCCAAAACUUAUAUCGAUGCUAUUUCUUUUGAGAACACAGUCGUGAUCUGAAAUGCUUCUCGAUUAUUCGUGCAAGGAAGACUCCGAUGUCUAUUAAUGCAUUCAUUAGUUUACACAAAAAGGUAUUAGUAAGAAAGUGAAAGCGUGCUCGAUUAAUAUCCGACAACAUCAAAUUAUCUACGACUCUAAAUAUAAAUCAAUAAAUUCUCUAAGUUUGCUUUCUUCUUUUGUAUUGCUCUCACAUAUUGAUCAUCAGUUCGAAAACUUCACAUUUCAAACUAUUAAUAUUUUCUUUUGGGCUCCAGAUAAUUAGUGCACGCAAUCAUAAUGUAAUUCUAAUGUAUCAAUAUGAGCCAUCUUUACGGUUGCAUUCGAAACUCCUUUUGUCAUCUGUAUCUAGGGUGUGGAUGUGAUCAUGAUACUUAUAUACCCACACACACAGGCUUCAUAAAGCCUUAAAAAGGAUUUUUUUAGCCGCUGCACUGUCAUAAACCCUUUUCGUAAGGUUUAUUAUUUUACGAAUUCUAUUUACAGUGCAUCAGUCAGCAUUAAACCAUAUUCACAAAAGACUGAACAUACUGGUCAGGAUCCCGCUCUCCACAUUCUUUCGUUCAUUGAUAACAAAAAGAUAGAGGGGGUCUCAUUAUUCUGUCAAACUAUUCAUGUUUAUGCGAGCUAUUAUUCAUUAAUUGAUUGGUGAUAGACGACAACUGAGAGUUUGUUGCAUGAGUUUCUCUUUAUGCCAACCUUUUAAGGAAAAAGAAGGGGAAGAAAAUAUUAUUUUGAAAAUCAACUUUAGAAAAUAAAUUUGAAGUGGCCAAAAUAAUCUUUCAUACUAAACAUUUCUAGCAUUCGUUCCAUUACGUGGGACUGCUGUCGAUAUUGACCUGAACGCUAUAUGGCAAGAAAAUGGUACUACCGUAGCUGGAGGAAAUGGAUGGGGAAAUCAAUCAAAUCAACUCUACCAGCCAUGGGGUUUGUUUCUCGAUGAUAGCGAAACGAUUUAUGUCGCUGAUUCACAAAAUCAUCGUAUUAUGGCGUGGACAUCAGACGCAACGAGUGGUGAGGUGGUUGCUGGUGAAAAUGGAAGAGGAAAUGGGUCUCAUCAGCUGUCUUAUCCACGUGACCUGGUGGUUGACAAAGUGACAGAUAGUUUCAUCAUUGCCGACUUUGGUAAUAAAAGAGUAGUUUGGUGGCCUCGCCAAAAUGGAACACAUGGAGAAACAAUCCUAUCGGAGAUCGAUUGUCUGGGUUUGACCAUGGAUGAGAACGGAUCUCUUUAUGUGGCUCAGUAUGAGAAACAUGAAGUGCGACAAUAUCGAAGAGGAGAAUCGAAUGGUACUAAAGUUGCCGGUGGUAAUGGAGGUGGAAGUCGUACUGAUCAGCUCAACGGCCCACGCUACAUAUUCGUCUAUCGAGAUGGUUCACUUUACGUUUCUGAUUGGGGAAAUCAUCGUGUGAUGAAAUGGGCGGAAGGUGCAACGCACGGCACUGUCGUGGCUGGCGGUCAAGGAUACGGAAGUAAUCUUACAGAGUUGUCAUAUGCUCAUGGUGUCGUUGUCGAUCAAUUGGCCACUGUUUAUGUAGCUGAUCAAUUGAAUCAUCGAAUUAUGCGUUGGCCCAAAGGAAACACACAGGGAAAUGCCAUUAUUGGCGGAAACGGUAGAGGAGGACAGCCGAAUCAACUUCACGAACCUGCAGGUUUGUCGUUUGAUCAAUAUGGGAACCUCUAUGUUGUUGAUUUUGUGAAUCAUCGAGUACAAAAAUUUAACCUUACGUCAAAUUUUUAA